GCCCAUGAGCUUCGGUGCGGAGCCACCGGCACCGGCCCAGGCCGGAGAACUGGACAUGGCUGGCUUCUGCGACGGCCUGGGCUCCUGCUCGGUCUCUCACAGCCUGACUCGGGCAGUGGCCCAUCCUACGGGCUACAGCCGCGGGGAUCUGGGCUCUGGCCGGCGCCUGUGGGUGAACUCGGCUUCCCUCAGCCCUGCGCCCUAUGCGGCGGCGGGACCGGGACCAGCUCCAUCUUAUGCUGCAGCAGCCCUUGCCACCCCGGGCUCGUUGCUCGGCGCUGCAGGUAGCCUGGCAGGCGCCGAUCUCGCGUGGCUGAGCCUGUCGGGGCAGCAAGAGCUGCUGAGGCUAGUACGGCCACCCUACUCCUACUCGGCGCUCAUCGCCAUGGCCAUCCAGAGCGCGCCGCUGCGCAAGCUGACCCUUAGCCAGAUCUACCAGUACGUGGCCAGCAACUUCCCCUUCUACAAACGCAGCAAGGCGGGCUGGCAGAACUCCAUCCGUCACAACCUGUCGCUCAAUGACUGCUUCAAGAAGGUGCCCAGAGAUGAAAACGACCCAGGUAAAGGCAAUUACUGGACGCUGGACCCAAACUGUGAGAAGAUGUUCGAUAAUGGGAACUUCAGAAGGAAGAGGAGGCGGAGAGGAGAGACCAGUGUGGCCACUACUCCUGGAGCCAGCAACCCAGAGGGAGCCACACUGGACCCCCGUGGCUCACCUUCUCAAGACACACAGACUUCUCAUUCCUCCCCUGUGCCUGAGGCCGCCCCCUGCCUCUCAGGGUUCUCCACCACAGUGGGCGCCCUGACAGGUGGCUUAAGCACCCUCCCUGAGGGCCUGGUCCAUGACUUCCCUUUCCGAAGACCACCAAGUGCGGCUUCCCACAGUUCCCAGAUCCCUAAUACUGCACAUGGCUUUGCCGCUGGUCAUCAGACAAUGGCUACUGGCUUUAGGGUGGGUCAUCUCAUCUACAGCCGGGAAGGGACUGAAGUUUGAAGGAAGGCUGGAGACUGGCCAGGUGCUCAUUUCCAACAUA